AUGGCGCCUCUUUGCACCUCUGCAGAGGUCAACCUGCUCGUCUACCACUACCUCAAAGAGUCCGGCUUCCAUCAUGCUUCCUUCUCAUUACGGCACGAGUCUCGCUUAGACGACGAACCGCUAUCAAAGCAAGCCAUCGUUGAGCCAGGUCAGCUCGUACGCUUCCUUCAGAAAGGUCUCAUCUACGCCUCUGUAGAAGCGCAUAUCCAAGAGGAUGGCACAGAGAAGCCAUGUUCCUCCAACAUCCGCUUAAUCGGACCACCACACGUCUGCGAUGGCAAAUCACGACCUACACCUCCACCUGCAGCACCCACAAGGCUCUCGCCUGAGCCCGACCCGUUCGCAGCUCAACAAGCACGACCAGAGCACAAGGAGACAGCCACACAAACACCACCGGCACCAGCACCGGUAGCGAAACCAGUCAACGGCGUACAUAGCACCAGUAGCAAGGCAUCUACAUCAUCGUCAUCGCUCCGUGCCUCUGAAGCUCAAGAUCGUUCGUCCAAACUCGCUUCCUCUUCCAAGAAGAAGGUCGAAGACGCAGCCGAACAAGAUGACGCUUCCUCUUCAACCUCUAAACCCAAAGAUGCCAAGCGCAAAGCCUCGACAUCGGUUGCGUCAGAUGCGGAUCGCGAGGACAAGCGUGUGCGCAUGAACGAGUCCAGCAGCAAGUCAGAGGAUGUCUCCACAUCCGAAGCACAGCGUGAAGCAGCGGACAGUGCAUCAUCUCGCAAGGACCGUCGGAACGGCGAAGCACAGUCGCGGUCUGCGUCUCCGAGCGCAGACAAGAAGUCGACAAACGACCAGCGUAGCAAGGACAAGGACACCAGCAGCAGCAACAACAACAACAAGAAGGGCGGAAAGUCAGCGGCAGGAGAGAAUGGCGAGGGAGGUAAGAAACGCGGAGACAAGGAGUCUUCAUCACGCAGCAAAGAUCCCAAGGCACCAAUACCGCAACCAAAGGGUGACAACUACGUUCAAGACAACCAGAUCAUCACCCUGGCAGGACACACAGGCCAAGUCUUCAUCUCGGCUUGGAACCCGACCGUCCCCAACAUGCUAGCAUCAGGAGGAGGUGAUGCAACUGUCCGCAUCUGGGAAGUCCCCGAUAAUGCAGGCGAGACGCCCGACGCUCCCACCAUCUGCAAGCAUCUCCCGGCCGCACAAAGCAAGGACAUUUCAACCCUGGACUGGAACCCAGACGGUACGCUGCUCGCCUCGGGCUCGUACGACGGUAUCGUUCGUCUCUGGACACCUCAAGGUGACCUGCAUCUCGUCAUGUCGAUGCACCAGGGUCCUGUCAUCAGCGUGCGAUGGAACCGCAAGGGCAACCUGUUGCUCACCGGCAGUGCAGACGGCACCAUCAUCGUGUGGGAUCUCAACAGUGGCAAGCCAAGGUACACCUUCCCGCUUCAUAGCGACUCUGUUCUUGAUGUGGAAUGGCUCUCGACCGCCGACGGCUCGCUCAAGCCAAAGUCGUCAUCGGAUGCACCACCGCCCAUGCCUCACGGCCUGAGCCCCUCGGUUGCCGACAACUACUUCGCGACGUGCUCGGCGGACAACAGCAUCAAUUUGUGCAAGCUCGGCGAACCCAAGCCGAUCAAAUCGUUCAAGGGUCACACUGACGAGGUCAAUGCAAUCCGCUUCGACCCAUCUCAGACGCUCUUGGCUUCCGUCUCGGACGACAUGACGGCCAAGAUCUGGGCCUUGGACAUUGGUGGAAUCGGAUCUGGAGGAGCAGGUGCCAGUAUCGCUGGGUCUGCCUGUGACGGUUUGCGAAAGCGUGCCUCUCAGCGCCGGGGUGGAAGCGCACAUCUGGAAGGCAUGGAUGUUGACGAAGACACGACACAGCGUCCAUCGGAAGACAACACAGGCGACCGCGAUCGUGAGAAGGACCGUGCCACACCUGGAUCUGUUGGCGGAAGUGCUUCAUCGGCAGUCGCGACCAAUACCAAGGAACGCGCGUCGCCGGCACCAGGGAGCAAUGGUCAAGCUGGUGGGGCGUCUAGCGGAUCGUCCAACCUUAUUUCCACAACCUCCAAGGGUCCCAAUAAGGGGCUGCGGUUGACGCUUGCUGGACACACCAAAGAACUCUAUGCCCUUGCUUGGUGCCCGACGGGACCUGGCUCUGCUAACCCAGAUCAGCCCAGAAUGUUGGCUACAAGCUCGUUCGAUUGGACUGCCCGACUCUGGAAUGCCGACAGCGGCGAGUGCCUGCGAGUGAUUGACGCACACGAGGACAAUGUCUACACACUGCGAUUCAGCCCAUGCGCUCGAUACCUUGCGACAGGUGGUAUCGACAAGAAGGUGAUCAUUUCGCGUGUCGACAAUGGCGCUCUGGUGCAGCAGUAUCUUGGAGGCGGUGCGAUCUUUGACAUUGCAUGGAAGGACAUGCACGACACCGUCGAGACCAAGCAGGAGGAGGGAGAGAAGAGCGAAGAUUUUGCCAACAAGCCGCAACCCCUGGCGAAAAGACACCAGCUCGCCAUCUCGCAGGCUGAUCGAAAGCUCACUGUGCUCAACCUAGCUGAUCUUGACUCUGUCACGUCUACUGCCACUUUUAAGGCGCCGCCUCCUGUCGAAGCCAAGGCGGAGACGGGCAAUACGAGCGAGAAGCCGCCAAAGAAGAAAGCUCGGGGUGGUGUGUGA